UGACAUGCGCCUGGGCACAAGCUUGGAGGACGAUGAGAAAAGACAGGUAUAAAAGGGACUUGGGAUAGUGCUGUCCACCCUCAGCAUCAACACUAGCCCAGCAACGCAACCCACAAGCACAAUGCCAUCAAUUGCUGAAUCCCCUUUCAGGAAGUAUCAGGACUGGGAUGACAACACCAUCAUUUCUGGUGAACAUAUCAUCCGCGCCAUCCAGGAAUUCGAAUCCAAUGUCAAAGUCAUUAAGACACAGCAGGGUGACGCUUUCGUCUAUGCUGUCGAAAGCAAUGACGAGAAUACCAAAACCUACAAGAUCGUCAUCGGUCCUAUCGAGAUCGUCGUUGCUAUCGACCUGAAGAAACUUACGAUCGUCAUCGGAGUCUACGCAAACAUUCCUUUCCUCGGCAGGAUUCAAAUUGCCAAAGCUGUCGGAAAUCUGCACGAUGGUGUCACGCUUACCAUUGGAUACCCGCCAUUUAUUGGGGGUUCGUUGACACUGAAGUUGGAUGGAAAGGAUGUUGUGUUGGAAUAUUCCAUUGAUGCUCUUGGAUUGCAUUAUCACGGCAAGAUCGUGGUCUUUACUCUCCCUUGAGGGGUGAAAUUUGAGGUACAGUUCACCAUCUGUCCUCUCAACCCAUCUGACGUACUGUAUCUGCCUUUUAGGCCUCCUCUUCUCG